GUGAAUGAGGCAGCCUUCCACAAGCUCAAGGGGCGGAGCGCCGUCCAAGAGCGUGAUGCAGAGGCGCAGGCACUUCUCGCCGUCCGCCGGCUGCAGGAGUGGCCGGAAGGACGGGUCGGUGUCAAGCACCCUCGCGUCGGGGUCUGAUGCGACAAGCGGCGCCUGGGCGCGCGGCGCCGGGGUUAGGGCUGCGGCUGCGGCUGCGACUGCGCCUGCUCUUGAUGUGGUUGGGGCUGCGGCUGCGCCUGCGCUCGGAGUCACUGCGGCCACGGCUGCGCUCGCGGAGCUCCUGUUCAAGGGUGCGGCCUCGUGCCUGCUGCAGAUGCUUGGGAGGGUCCCAAGUGACGCGUUCCCGUGAGACGGUUCGUGAGCCAGAGGGACGGUCGUGAGACGACGUAGCUGGAGCAGCUUCUCGGUCCUCUCUGCCCACUGCGAAGAAAGUCAAAAGGUGUGGCGUAGGAAGCUGGUUAAUAUGCAGCAGCUCUGAAACAAACAGGCGUGAUGGCCUAUCACGAUGCUUGCUCCGUAACGUGCAGCAAUUCGCCCGCAACUCUCGUCACCCAAGCAGAACUGAAGAAUGUCUCGCAACACCUAAGCAAUAGAACCGGUGUGCAAUGACGUCUGGGAGGCUGGAAGUAGCUUGCUGUAGCGCAACCCCGUCGGGCCGGUGAAGCUAAUCCUUGAACGCUAGCGCGGAGCCUGAGAGGCCCCGGCUAAUGGCUUGGUAAUCUCCAGGUAGAGUACCCGAAUGCUUACUUGUGCUUGCGCGCGGUGUGACCGCCAAGAAACCAAAAUGAGAGCAGGAUGCGGGCGCGCGGCGCCUCGCGGUCUUGUCUUGAACUGAGUGCUACGUGGCUUACUGCUCUCUUAAGCGCGUAGACUACUGUGCGUAUCAAGGGUGCUCGGUUCUUGUCUCCUCAAAGUUACAGAGGCGGCUCUGUCUGUGCACUUCGUGCUAUCCACGAGU